CCCUACCGCGCAGGCGUCGCGGCCGGGGGGCGGGGCCGGGCGGCGCCGCGGUGCGCAGGCGCAGCCGUCGGUGGGUCGGGGUUCGGCCGCCUGAGAGAUCCUGAAGACCCCCGGGCGUCGCCUCUUCGCAUCUCAAAAUGGACAACAAGAAGCGCUUGGCCUACGCCAUCAUCCGGUUCCUGCACGACCAGCUCCGGCACGGGGGGCUCUCGUCUGACGCCCAGGAGAGCCUGGAAGUGGCCAUCCAGUGCCUGGAGACCGCCUUCGGGGUGACGGUGGAAGACAGUGAUCUGGCACUCCCUCAGACUCUUCCGGAAAUAUUUGAAGCAGCCGCCACUGGCAAAAGCUCCUCUUUGCUUUGGGGCCAGGAGAUGCCACAGGACCUGAGGAGCCCCGAGCGAACCCCGCCUUCGGAGGAAGACUCGGCUGAGGCAGAACGCCUCAAGACUGAAGGAAACGAGCAGAUGAAAGUGGAGAACUUCGAGGCUGCCGUGCACUUCUACGGAAAAGCCAUUGAGCUGAACCCGGCCAACGCCGUCUAUUUCUGCAACAGAGCCGCGGCCUACAGCAAACUGGGGAACUACGCCGGGGCGGUGCAGGACUGCGAGCGGGCCAUCUGCAUAGACCCGUCCUACAGCAAAGCCUACGGCAGGAUGGGCCUAGCGCUUUCUAGUCUGAACAAGCACACGGAGGCCGUGGGCUACUACAGGAAGGCCUUGGAGCUGGACCCCGACAACGAGACGUACAAGUCGAACCUCAAGAUAGCGGAACUGAAGCUGAGAGAGGCGCCCAGCCCCACGGGAGGGGUUGGCAGCUUCGACAUCGCCGGCCUGCUGAACAACCCGAGCUUCAUGAGCAUGGCGUCAAACCUAAUGAACAAUCCCCAAGUUCAACAGCUUAUGUCCGGGAUGAUCUCUGGCGGCCACAACCCCCUGGGGACUCCCGGCACCAGCCCCUCGCAGAACGACCUGGCCAGUCUCAUCCAGGCGGGCCAGCAGUUCGCCCAGCAGAUGCAGCAGCAGAACCCCGAGUUGAUAGAACAGCUCCGAAGUCAGAUCCGAAGUCGGACCCCCAGCGCCAGCAACGACGACCAGCAGGAAUGACCGCCCACCCCCCCCAGCAACAUCGGGCCCUUCCCAGCCGACUGGAAGCCUUCUCACGUUUUGCUGUUUUCUCCCAUUGGACUGCCUGCCCAAGAGAGAAAAAAGAAAUUGGACCUGCAUGUUAAGACGGAUUUUUAUUAUUUUUAGUUUUUCCCUUCGCCCCCCCCCCCUUUUGUACUCUCUCACGGCCCACAGACCCUUCUCGAAACAGAGCCAGCAGCUGUGAACACAGACCAGCACCAGUCUCCCUCCUGGCCCCCUGACAACCCAGUCACUAAAGUAUUUUCUAGAAUA